AUGCCAAGUUGAGUUGGUGGUGAAUACUCUGCAAUGUUGGCUCUCGGAGUGGGCUUGACACCACCAAUCCAAUUUUCGAGGAAAUGCAGAAGCUCAAGGGGUGGAUUUGGGGUUUGGGCGGAUGGGUUUCCAUCAUUUCUUCCGAAAGAAGUCGAGGAAAUCAAAGACCCAUUUGCUCGAAAGCUGGCUAAAAGGAUCGAACGACUGCCCGUACAGUUGCAGGUUGGUAUGUCAGAGAAAUGCAUUAUGAGUAGUUGUGUGAAGCCAUUGUUGGAGACAGAGAAAAAUCCUGUGGUUCUCCUUCAUGGUUUUGACAGCUCUUGUUUAGAAUGGAGAUAUGCAUACCCAUUGCUGGAGGAAGCUGGGCUGGAGACUUGGGCUGUGGAUAUUCUUGGCUGGGGCUUUUCUGAUUUAGAAAGGCUUCCUUCUUGUGACGUGGGCCACGUGGCAUCAAAGCGGAAUCACCUCUGUCAGUUUUGGAGGUCCUACAUCAAAAAGCCUAUGAUUUUAGUAGGACCAAGCCUUGGUGCUGCUGUUGCAAUUGAUUUUGCAGUGAACCAUUCAGAAGCUGUAAAACAGCUGGUGUUGAUUGAUGCAAGUGUGUACACUAAAGGCACCGGAGAUCAAACUAAAUUACCUAGAAUAGUAUCCUAUGCAGGGGUAUCUUUACUGAAGAGCAUCCCUCUGAGGAUGUAUGCGACUCUUUUGUGCUUCAAUAAUAUUUCAUUUACCACCAGCUUAGACUGGACCAAAGUGGGCCGCUUACAUUGCCUAUUACCUUGGUGGAAAGAUGCCACUGUUGGUUUUAUGAAUACUGGCGGCUACGAUGUUAUCUCCCUAAUAGAACAGGUUAAGCAGGAGACGCUUAUCAUCUGGGGUGAGGAUGACCAGAUUAUCAGCAGCAAGCUUGCAGUGAGAUUACAAUGUGAACUGCCAAAUGCAAUUGUGCGCCAAAUACCAGAUUGUGGUCAUAUCCCUCAUGUCGAGAAGCCAGAUCCUGUUGCCAAGUUGAUUGUCGACUUCAUUCGAGGCAGUAGCUGCUGAGAGGCCAAAUUCCUUUCCAACAUAUGUUCAAAACAAAAUGAUACUGCCACAAGGGUGGAUGGAGAUGGAGAAAUAUGUUUGAUGAGUAUUAUGGUGUUAAUAGGGAUGAUGGUGGUGAUUUGCUAAUGAUAAUGAUGAUCAAGAGGAUAAGCUGUAUGGAGGAUGAACAUGAAGCAUUGAUAGUAAAUCACAUAUUGUUCAUGAACUAUUAUUGGAAGUUACGCAUUGCAUGACGUACUUGUGC